UGUCAUUAAAUAUUACAUGUCAUUAGUAUCGAUUUGUCACAAAUCAGCCUACAGACAAAUUUCAGUGAAAUAUGGAAGGCAACACACAAGCCGAUAUUUACGACGAAGAAUUCUUCAACAAUUUACAAAUCGCAAAGACACUAAUAUCCCAAAUACGAAGGAGAAAGGACAAAGAGAUUUGUAAGAAAUGGAUACAGAAGUUGUGCAACUUAAGGUCUGAAGAUGCUGUGGUGAAAAAAAACCGAAACAGUUUUUUCAAGUAUAUGCUCCUAAUACUGCACAAAGGAGCAAAGCAGGAAGAAAAAACUCCACAAUUUGACAAUAUCAAGGAACAAAAAGAAGAUCAUCUACAUUUUAUGAGCAAAUGGUCAGGUGACAAUCGUACAUAUAUUGCAGCUAAACCAUUACCUGGACAAGGAGCCUUAAUUUACAUGGCAGUUUCAUCGGAUCCAUCUCUAGGAUGGGACCACCCUUAAUAUUUUCAUAAUCAGUGUUCAAUAAAUUGAUGAUCAAAUCUU